ACCUUUUCACAGUAUAGUAAAACAGAUUGUGGUUUUUAUAUGGAGUGAGUGGUGUAUAUCUGUCAAUCUAAUGACGAUAAAAGCGUAAAUGUGUGAAAUUCAGGAUUAUUCUGUCGAGCUUAAGGAUAUUUAUAACAAUAAAUAUUCGUGGAGCUCCGACAUGGAUUUAUACAUCACAGAUUCACUCCAGGAUAUGCUGGAUAUGGAUAUAAAAAAUGAAAUUGCAACAGACCUUAGCAGUAUGACAGACUUUGCCGACACUUUAGGAUCACAUUUUUCAGAGCUGCCUCCGUUAUUGGAUAUGGACACAGAUAAUUCGGCAACUUGGCUUAAUAAUAGUUCUAGUUUUGUUCAUAAUCUGGAUCUAUAUGGAUCCGAGGCAAAUGCAGUAAUGGUUAAUCCAAAUUCUGUAAUGCCUUCCACGUUUGUUGAAACUCCUGUAAAAAGUAUAGUGAAGGAGGAAGCUUCGAACUUAUUGCUAACAUCGGCUGCAGCAAACGACGAUUUAAGCAACAAUAGCAUAUCGAUUCCGAGUCCCAAAGAAGAAAAAAGUCAUUUAACAUUUUCGCCGAAUGCAAUAAAAGUAUCAAAAGUACAGGAACCAGAAGAACCAAAAACCAAGAAAGGCUCGGAGUUAGAGGAAGCCACGCAAAUGGUGAUUUAUGUAAGGAAACAUGAAAAGAAUGUUGUAAAAGAUUUAUUGAAAGAUUUGGACAAAUCUAAAGUAUCAAGUAUCUCCACGCCAACCACGGUUAGAAUAAAAAGUCAGUCAGAAUUAAUAAAAGUUAACAACAAAAGCUGUUCAAUUUUAAAUACAAGCCAAAAAGUUGCACACUCAUUAGGAACAAAAACAAUAAUUUCUGGUAAUAUUCACAUAUUGGAUCCUCAACAAAUUAACAAUUCUAGAACAAUUUUAGCAAAUGGAAAUAAAAACCAGGCAACAAUAUUAAUUGACAAUUCGUCAUUAAGUAACAAUAGGCAAAUAAUUAAAACUUCUGUGAAUGGCGGUUUUACGUUAGACACCAGUCAUACUAAGUUUUUGAACGCGUCAAGCAAAACGAAUGCUGGGGAGUUUCCUAAGCCAGCAUACUCUUAUUCAUGUUUAAUAGCAAUGGCUCUGAAAAAUUCAAGAACAGGUAGCUUACCUGUUUCAGAAAUUUAUAACUUUAUGUGUCAGCAUUUCCCUUAUUUCAAAACUGCGCCAAAUGGAUGGAAAAAUUCAGUCAGGCAUAACCUUAGUUUGAACAAAUGUUUUGAAAAGAUCGAAAAACCGUCAACAAAUGGAAGUCAAAGAAAAGGAUGUCUCUGGGCCAUGAAUCCUUCAAAAGUUGGAAAAAUGGACGAAGAAGUGCAAAAAUGGUCACGAAAAGAUCCACAGGCUAUCAAGAAGGCCAUGGUUUAUCCAGAAAACUUAGAGGCUUUAGAAAGGGGUGAGAUGAAAUACAGUGGAGUAAGCGGAGACAAUGAGGCAGAUGAUGAUGCUGAUGUUGAUGCUGACCCCGACCUGGACGCCGACGUCGAAAUAGACCCCGAAGUCAAAGAGGAGGUUGAAGAGGAAGAGGCUAUUAUAGAACAGGAGGUGUCUGAUCAAGAGUUGGAAGUUGAAGAAAUUGUGGAAGGGACAGGCAUGGUUGGUGGGACAUACAGGCUACUCGCCACGGGACCCUCGUCACUUACCUCAUAUAUUACUGAUGUGGAAUCCGGCGAAGAAAUCAGUGAUAUUGAAAUUCUCGAUCAAUCAUAUGAAGAAAUCGAUUUUGAUGUCACAAAACCUGUGAAAUUAGACUUGUCAAUGACAGAAAACUAUACAAUACAUCCAACAAAACGGGCAAAAACAAGCUUCAUCUAUCAGCCAGUGACAACUCAGACGCACACAAGUAGAAGAAAAACGCCACUCGUCAACCGAGUCGCAUUAAUGUAAGCAAAAUUCCUAAACAACCUAAAAGACUUGUAUUCAUAGAAAAUUGUGAUCAUAACGUUAUGGGGUCAACAAUAGUAGAUAGCGUAGUCUCUCCAGUGAUUGUUCCAUUGUUAGGUAAAACUUAGAUUACGUCAAAUAAUUCGAAUUGUAAUAAUUAGCCGUGAGUGUGUCGCAGAGUGCUGAAUGUGUGUAUUAUUGUAUCAAAUUCGAUCGUGAUAGUCUGUACCAGAUAAGUGUAUUUACAUGUUUUUACAAAAACAAAACACUUGUUACAUAUCUUACACUGUAAAAAUAUUAUUUGUUAAGCGAAAGCCUGUAAGAUGCGACUCGAUUAUGUCAUUAUCGAUUGUUGUACUUUUAUGUUAAUGUGAAUGAUGUGACAUUGAAUAUUGCCCAUUAGCGUUUAGAAAGGUGUUGUAGGAAAUGAUUGUUUGAUUUAGCAAGUUACUUAAGGCUGAAGUACAAAAUACUUCAUAUAAACGAACUGAACUCUUUUUCUUUAUUUUAUUUUGUAUAAAUUGGAGGAGAUUUCCAUUCAGAUACUUGAAAUGUUUUUUUUAUCGUCAGUUCGUUUGAAUGGACUUAGUACGAAAAGCUUUUUAAAUCAGAAAAGUACACAUGAAAUAAUGUAUCAGUCUAGCAACAAACGCUGUAGCGGGUAUGUGAAAUUCCCACCGCUGAUGUAUAUGUAAAUAUUGUCUGUUACUUAUGUUUUAUUUGCAUAUUAGUUGUUUUUAGUGGCAGCUUCUUCUACAGAAUUAAUAAUAUCAGUUGAAUCAUGCUGCCCUCGAUUAAAUCUAACCAUAGACAUAAUUCCAAGACAUUUUCAGGAAAAAAAAUAAGAUUAGUUCAAAUUGUAUCCAAGUAAGAACUAUAUAAUGUUCGAACCUCGCUACAAAGUGGCAAAAUUGUUUUAUUUAUGAAAGCUAGAAAACCUUUUGGUUUUUAUGUCUGUCUUUUAGUUAACGUCAACAACAUACUAUGCUGUACAACUUAUUUUUAGUUAUUUUACGUUGUACCUGUUAAACAUAAACUUUUGUACAUACAUUUAUUUAAAUGUACUGUAGAAGCAUACCACUUUCAUUUUUAAUUGUUGCGAUUUCAAGAGUAAGAUGUGCAAUUUCAGUGGAUAAUACAGGUAUUGAUGUAAUUGGGUAUGCCAGUUUCAAUACAAAAUGCUUAGAAAAAUUAUGUGAAUUGAAUCUUGUUAAUGAAUUUGUUAUAUUUUCUUGACAUCAAUUUAACACAUUCCGUGAAAAUUAAAUUGUAGUUGACGAAAUAUGAUAAGUCCAUUACAAAGUAGGUACAUAUUUUCAAAUAGUGUAUUAUUAUGUAUGAGAUAAAGUAUGGAAUGGAAUAGACUUGGUCUUUGUAGUAUUGGUUGUGUUAGUAGAUCUCUCGAAUGUAGUAAACGAAAUGGUGAGUUUAGUGUAAGUACGUAGUUUAAGAUUUGGAACACGUCACAUAUACAUGAAUAGUCAAGUUUUAUUCAAUUAAUUUUAAAUGGAUACGAAUUGGAAUUGAAAUGUUAUUAACGCUAAUAAAUUCAUUAAAAUCGCUUGUAACCGAGUCAAGAUCGGUUUUGUAUAGACGAGGAUUUAAUUUCUUUAUAAACAUUGUGGCAAUCAUGUCUACAGACUGACUCGGUUACACGGCUAGCAACAGCAGAUAGAUUUACAGACAAAUAACAUGUUAGAACUCAUAUGCAUAGAGGAUAUCUAUACUAAUAUUAUAAAGCUGAAGAGUUUGUUUGAACGCGCUAAUCUCAGGAACUACUGGUCCGAUUUCAAAAUUUCUUUCAGUGUUAGAUAGCCCAUUUAUCGAGGAAGGCUAUAGGCUACUUUAUCUUUCUUUUUAUCCCGGUACGGGAAGUAGUUCCCACGGGAUGCGGGUGAAACGGCUGGCAGAAGCUAGUGUUUAAUAUGUCAUUAAUAGCCGUUAACAAAAUAUAUACACUCUUUAGAUUAGACAUAAUACUGUGAUAUAAAGCAAUGUUAAAUUCGCUACUAUAGUAAAUAAUCCUAUUUAUCACAAUUCAUUAAAAACUCUGGUAAAUGUUUGUGGACUUAUCUGCUUAGCAAUUUGUGUAGGCUUUAGGCAAAACUAAACGUAGUUGGUAAACUAGAAACAACUGAGUUAACCAAUAUGUAAGACGACAUUAUAAUAAGAGAUAAAGGAAAGUGAUAUAAGAAAACUGCUUAGUUUCUCAACAUAUUUCAUGAGAGUUAAAUAAACUUUUUGCCUGUUGUACUUCAGGGCGUAAUGUUGGGUUUGCUACUUGUGGUAAAUAAAUUAAGAAGACUAACAUACGACAAAAUUACUAUAUCACAUACCGUGAAUUUGUUGUUCUUUAUGUUUUCAAGGAUUGUGUUUGUAGGUGAGUAUGCUACCAAGUGUAUUCUAGGGUAACAGCCCAUUUAAAGACUUGUUUACAUAAUAAAGAACGAAUUUAUUUCAUGACAGAGUAGAACAACGUUUUGCUACCGCCAUGGGGUAUUGGUGGGACAGAUUCAAUGAGAUUUGAAAAAUGUCAUCACUAUCAAACAUUCGUUCGGAUAGUGGUUCGAAUUGUUACUGCCAGAGAUCUUAAAAUUUCAUAGUUUGGCUUUACCACUAGUAGUGACCCUAACCUGACUUUUUCGAUGUACCUAAUUAUUAACCUUUGAAAUCAAUUGUAAUAAUGUAUUGUUGUAAGUAGAAAUAGAUUACUUAAUAAAACAAAUUACAAAAACACCACGAAAGUACCCUCAGUAAUUUCGUUUAAUUUAGGUGCUCCAUGUAUAAUAUUUAGACACAUCAGUGCAAUUGUGUAUAUAUAAUAUCUAUGUAGUGCGUUUUGAUAUCUCCUGCUAUAAUUCGAUAGUUUAAUUUAAAUUGAUGCGUGUGAAUUUAAUUAAAAUAAAUCAAUCGUGUUUAUGAAUUGUAUCGUAGAUGCCAUUUUCCAAAGUAAUGUAAUAGUUAAUGAAGUACCUUUAAUAGAUAAUGUUAUGACGACUGCUGCCACGCUUUACCGACUUCACAGCGGUAUUAAUGGACAUUUGGUAAUAAUUUUACUUAAAACUUUGUAAGUUUUUCUUUUGUACAAUACAUAGUUAAUGUAUUUUUCCACUGCCAGUAUUGCAACAUCCAAGUAAUAAGCAUUUAGCAUAAGAGUAGCUUUUAGUUUAGCUGUUAGAUUACACAUAUAAGGAAACCUAGUUGAAGUAAACAAUUUUUAAUAUCAUUUUUGUAAUAAAAUUCAAUGAGUACCUACA